GCUAUAGACAACAUGUGCAAGAAGACAAGAGACCUUCGCAGACAGCUCCGCAAAGCUAUCAUAGAUCACGUGUCAGACUCUUUCUUGGAUACCACAGUCCCACUUUUGGUUCUCAUUGAAGCUGCUAAGAAUGGCCGGGAAAAGGAAAUAAAAGAAUAUGCUGCUAUAUUUCAUGAACAUACUAGCAGGCUCGUGGAGGUUGCAAAUCUUGCUUGUUCCAUGUCAACAAAUGAAGAUGGGAUUAAAAUUGUCAGAAUUGCAGCCAAUCACUUGGAAACCUUAUGUCCACAGAUUAUUAAUGCUGCACUUGCUUUGGCUGCAAGACCCAAAAGUCAAGUGGUGAAAAAUACCAUGGAAAUGUAUAAGCGCACCUGGGAGAACUACAUACACAUUCUCACUGAGGCUGUAGAUGACAUUACAAGUAUUGAUGACUUCCUUGCUGUAUCUGAAAGUCACAUCUUGGAAGAUGUCAACAAGUGUAUCAUAGCCUUGAGAGAUCAGGACGCUGAUAAUUUAGACCGUGCUGCAGGUGCUAUCAGAGGACGUGCAGUGAGAGUUGCUCACGUUGUCACAGGGGAAAUGGACAGUUAUGAACCCGGGGCUUACACGGAAGGUGUAAUGAGAAAUGUCAACUUCCUCACAAGUACUGUCAUUCCUGAGUUUGUAACACAAGUGAAUGUCGCCUUGGAAGCCUUAAGCAAGAACUCAUUGAACCUGUUUGAUGAUAAUCAAUUCGUAGACAUCUCAAAGAAGAUCUAUGAUACUAUUCAUGACAUCAGAUGUGCAGUCAUGAUGAUUCGGAAGAGCCGACCUGCCAAGUUUCUGCCCCAUAGGCCUGCAGAGCCACUGCUCUGCUCUGCCAGGCUUUCUGCCCCUUGGGCUGUGCUGGGCCACAGCCCCCCACCCCAUCCAUGCACCACCACCACCAGGAUCCCUGCCCCUCAGGCCAUGCUGGGACUUAGCCCCAUGCUGGAUCCACACCCCUCCGGGAUGCCAGGCCCUUGGGCCAUGCCAGAUCCACACCCCGCAGAGACCCCUGCUUCUCCACCCACACCCAAUAGGCUCUGCUGGGCCCCAGCUCUGCCUGGGAUGACCACAUCCAUGCUCUGCCUGGAUCCCCGCCUCCUGGGCCACACUGGAUCCAUGCCCUACAGGGACCCCCGCCUCUUGAGCUGUGCCAGAUCCAUACCCUGCAGGCACCCCUUCCCCUCAAGACCCACAUCCCUCAUGCUCUGCUGGGCCCCUGAUCUGCAUGGGAUGACCGGAGGCACACCCCACCAAGAUACCUGCCCCUCAGGGCUGGGCACCAGCUUGGCAUGA